UGACGUAGCGUUCCAGUAUUGCCUCAGGCGCAAGUAACAUAUGGUUGGAUGGCGAUACGGCUCUCCCGACAAUUCUGUGGGCUUAAGCAUGUAUGUAAUUAGCAAAGUUUGACUCUCUACUCAUACCAUCGAUAUAUACACCACAGCGCCGAUUACAGCCAGAUAUUUGUUGGGGUGUUGUACUGAUCAUGCCUUUGAGCGACAUUCUCUUCCUGGUUUUCGCCCUGGUGCCAAUCGCAUACGCCGAUGUCAGGUUCGACGUUCCAGGCCCUGGAGGGGUGGUGCCAGGGGGAGCAGAAUUCAAGGUGUCUUGGUCGGAAUCGGAUACAGCGCCUUCGAUAGAUGAUUUGGUGGAGUAUUCGAUAGCGCUCUAUUCGGGCUCGAAUGAAGCACCCACACAGCUUUUGACCCUCGUCCCAUCGGGGACCUUCGCCGAAUCCCCCAAGUCAGCAUCUAUAAAUAUCCCAGUUACAGCUGGCGAGGCUAUUACCAAUGCAUACUUCUUGGGAAUCCAAUCGACGACAAAAUCGGGAGAAUUCAUCACAAACUACUCGAGUAGAUUCACUGUCAAUUCCAUGACUGGUGAAUUCCCCGAUGCUAUCAAAGCCGCCUUGUCCACAGUUUCAGGCACAACAGGGCCACAGACAGAAAAAUCAAACUUGCGACCCAGAGUAGCCCAAGCAGCCCCAGCGGUCCCAGCAGCACCAGCGGUCCCAGCAGCACCCGCAGUCCCGGCAGCCCCAGCCGCUCCAGUCCCAGCAGUUCCAGCGCCAGCAGUUCCAGCUCCCGGAGUCCCAGCUCCCGGAGUCCCAGCCCCAGCUGCUCCAGCCGGUGGCUCAUGGUCCAUUCCAUACGAUCAGCAAAAGGGCGACACCAGGUAUGCGCCGAUGCAACCUAAGCCAGCAAAUGCGAUCACUGCCACGAAUACAAAGCCUCUGUGGCCGACAUCAGCGGUGAAGGUAGCCACGACGUUCUUGCCGCCAGCUACCAUAGUGACCACCAUAACGCAAUCGCCAACUGGCACGGCUGUGAUGCAUGCUAAUACGGCCGCUGCCCAAUCGCAACCUGACAAUGACAUGCAGAAGUAUCUUAAGAGGUGGAAGGACUAGUGUUAUAGAUGAGGUUCUGUCUCAUGGAUGGCACAGGUGUGCGAUGAUUGGAAUUUACUGGCGCUACUUAGACUGGGGGUAUUCUGCUACUAUAUAUUAUGGCGCAAUGUGAGACUGUUGGAUAGUCAAUGAGGAAGGCCUGAGAUAUUUUGGAGGACUGUGGUUGGUUUUAACGUUUGUAGAUUUCGAUGGCGCGAUGGGAAAGUGCGGCUGAAGCAGCCACUUAUGUAUGUAACAAUAAGGGCAAUAUACAAGACAAUUUAUAUGUGUGAACGGGUUUCAAUUGGAUUUUGAACUAAACGGUGUAAAUUCCGCAUAUAGUUGACAAAGAAAAAAAUAUCUCAC